AUGCCCUCAGAAUACCGCCUCUACGAAUACACCCCCUCCACCGCCGCCGCCAUCACAGCAACCACCUGCUUCGGCCUCAUUACGAUAUGCCAUUUGAUCCAUUACUUUGCGCAGCGAACAUGGUUCUUCACUCCGUUUAUUAUAGGGGGUAUAUUCGAAACAGCCGGCUACACAGCCCGUAUAAUCAACAGCGAACAAGCCCCCCUCCAGUGGACUACAGCACCAUAUAUAAUGCAAGAGCUGCUUCUUCUCCUCGCCCCGUCCCUCUUCGCAGCGUCUAUAUAUAUGGUUUUGGGCCGCAUUGUUCGCGUUUCAAAGGGUGAAUCACAGUCCCCGAUCUCGGCUCGCUGGAUAACAAGGGUUUUUGUUAUCGGGGAUGUGCUUGCUAUUUUGGGGCAGGCGACUGGCGGAGGAAUUCUUUCCCAGACAUCAUUCUCCUCCACAACCUCAGAUUCCAAAUCAAAUAAAUCCCGCCAGAAACUUGGUAAUUGGAUAAUCAUCGGUGGUCUCAUAGCACAGAUUAUCUUCUUCGGACUAUUCAUUCUCGUCUCAGGGGUGUUUGAUGCGCGGAUGACACGGUCUCCCCCGCCGCCGCGGAGCCGCAGAAGACAUCGUCAUCGGUAUCGUCGUCGUCGAUAUCCCCCAUGGCGCCAGUUACUUAGGGUGCUGUAUGUUGUUGAUGUGUUGAUUAUAGCGCGCUGCGUGUUCAGGGUUGUGGAGUUUGCGCAGGGAAGGGCGGGAGUAUUGCAGAGGAAGGAGGUGUGGAUGUAUGUGUUUGAUGGGCUGUUGAUGUUUUUGGUUAUGGUUGUGUUGUUGGUUUGGCAUCCUAGUCGGCUUGGGUGUGAGAAGAGGGAGGGGAGGGGGAAUGAUGUGGAAGGGGGGAAGAAGAAGAGGAGAAGGAGAAGGAGUUCGAGUCAUCGGAGAGUGAGGGGAUGGGUUGAAGGUGGGGGUAUUAUUUAG